AUGAGAGCCUACGGCGCGGCACUCGUUGCCGCCUGCUCUAUUGUGAGCAGUCGGGCAACGGACAUUCUGGAAGGGCCUGAGUUUAUCGAUGUCCUCCUUCCAGAAGUUGGCCACGUGUUUGGAGUGACUUCCGCCCAUCACACAACUCUCGAGGAAAUGAACUUGCGAGUUCAAGAUGUAUACGUCCUUCCGCCUGCACCUAAAUUGGAGGAUUGCCUUUCUGCUCUCGUUGGGAUUCCGAUAACCCACCAGGUCAAGCCAUUCUCCGAUUCUGUCAGCAUGCUUGAUGUCAAGCCAUACCAAAACGCACAACUGAAGAUCGCAGAGGCGCGCGCUGCGGAACUAGCAGCUUCUGUUGCACCACUAGUGGCCCUUGCACCAAAAUCCAAGUUCUACAAGUCGGCCUCCCUCUCAAGUCUCAGCAUCGAGAUCGCUCCCGGUCCUUACCAGUCCAUGCUUUAUGCGAUUGUCCAGGCACUUGUUUAUGCCAUUCUUGUCCCCGGAGCCCUCAGAGGCAUCCGCAGUGGGAGGUCAACUGCCCACGCCCAAAAGAUGCUGUUGGGCACGGCAUUCUUUGUUUUCCAUUCUGCCGGCAUUGUUAUUCUCCAAAACGUGUUGUCCCUGAGAGCACUCAUCGCCAUUCCGGUGUCUUUGGCCUUGGGCCUUGCCGCCAUGAUGCUUGCACUGAGAAGCAUGGACUCCGUUGAACAGCUUCACAAAGUUCGAGCCCACCUUCCACAUACGCAUGGAAUGGAAAGAGAGCCUCUCGCAUGGUGUGCAUGCAUGAAACUGUACUGCAUCUUGCUGGCCAAUAUGUCCUACCACUUACUUUCAAGCUUAAUGCCUUACCGAUAUGGUUUGGCAGGGAUCAUUACCGGCAACGUCAUGUUGGCUGGGCUGCUCUAUUUGGGAUACCUCGUGGUUGUAGCGUCUCUAGUGUUCCGCAAAAUAAGAGAAGAUCCUGACAGCCGAAAAGUGCAAUGCCGCAUUGUUUCCCUCAAUUGUGCAUACAUAGCCGCCUCAGGUGUAUCCUUCUACACUAACUUGAUUGCGGUAUACUGCGGAGUUGGUGACUUUGUCGCCCUCGAGCCAGCCGUAUUCUUCACUGCCAACCGGAUCUUUGAGCUUAACUUGGGAACCAUCAUUGCGAUCAUCGCCCUUCUGGCUAUGUGGGGCAUGGCAUAUCAUGAACAAAGUCAAAUGGACGAGAGUGGAAAGAAUGUAUCAUCGAUGUCUUCUGUGGCCUUGUCCACUCACGAAGAAUCUCGCAGGGCUCUCGAAGAAGCGCUCCACGAGAUGCGCACUGGCGCGUACAAAGAGUGA